AUGAAAGAUCCAAUUAUUGAAGUGAGCGCUCGCUAUGGCGAAGAUGGCUAUUGCGUUUUCGGUUCCUUUUCCGACGAUUUGAGAACGUGCGCUAUUAGCCGUAGCGCGAAGAAUCCCAGCUAUUAUGCAUCGGCGUUUCAGCCUAUCUAUGCCGACGUCCUGAAUCAUUCAGGGGCAACACCAGUUACCCUGAACUUUUAUGAUGGGCGGACUUUGCUGAUCCGCGAUCACUCCUCUCCCCAUGAUGAUUUAUAUUGCUACACAAUGGGUUGGUACGACCUACCAUGGGAAACACGUUUUGCGGUGGUCAAGAACCUCACCUUUUUAGAAGAGUUUUCUGAAGAGACCUGCGAGAAAUUGUCCAAGACUAUUCCGAAUUACCUGAAUAUUGCUAUGUUUGACUUGCGAAACGAGACAGCAGUGAUUGAUGCGUUUCUCGUCAAUUUGGAGAUGGAUGGAGGCGGAAAAGUCCCUGAAUGGGUCGUGGGAAACAUGUAUCUUCACGCGGCUGCCAAAUGUCUCCUAGGAGGGAACCGUGGAGCAUUGUGUGAUAUUGCCAACUGUGCACAACGUGGCUGCUUUGGUGAGGACAAAACUACGCUUCUCUACACGGUGCGAGGUGAAUGCCCGUCGCCGCUGUCUGGAUAA